UUUUCAGUUGCAGUUUUGUGCAAGCAAAGAAAGGAGAACAAUUUUUGAGUCGUCGCACUAGUUUUGUUGAUAACCAGCUGAAUUUCAAACAGUUGGGUACCAGAAUGAGCUCAUCGUCGCCGGAAAGCGGAGACAUGCUGGAUUACCUGGCCUACAAUUGUAGCAAGCUGUCGAACGACCUGUGGGAAGCAUCCGGCCUGGGCGAGAAACGGAAGCUGGUGGCGGAGUAUCUGAAAAAUGCCGAUCGUGAAGGUAAGAGCAUCAAGGAUUUCAAGGAAGGGCUCGAUUGGUUCAACGUUACGGAACCGUUGUCCUUCGAUGGAUGCCUUCGUGGGAAAAUAGUGGUGCUGGAUUUCUUCACAUACUGUUGUAUCAAUUGCAUGCAUAUUUUGCCGGAUCUGAAGCGGCUGGAGCAUCUGUACUCCGUGGAAGAUGGCUUGGUGGUGAUUGGCGUUCAUAGCGCCAAGUUCGAAAACGAGAAGGACUCGGCAAACAUUUUGUCGGCCGUACAACGAUAUGAGAUUGGCCAUCCGGUUGUGAACGAUAAUGUGUCCUCUAUGUGGCGGAAUCUCCGAGUGCAAUGCUGGCCAACAUUGAUGAUCUUGGGUCCACGCGCCAAUCCUCUGUUUGUUAUCAUGGGUGAAGGACAUUUUGAUGAUCUAAAGCUUUAUGUUAGCUCAGCUUUGAAAUUUUACAAGGACAAAGGAACCAUUAUGGCCCAUACGCUUCCAAUCAACGUUGCAACGAACCUCAUCGAAACGAGUCAUUUACAGUUUCCAGCCAAGAUUUGCUGUUCUUACCGCGGCGGGGAGAACACGGAUAAUGCUCUAUAUGCCAUUUCUGACUCGGGCAACCACCGCAUCUUGAUUGUUAACGGUGACGGACAAAUUCUCUAUCGAAUCGGUGGAAAGCGAGCCGGAUUCGUGGAUGGUGACUUCCGUAAGGCUCGCUUCAAUGCCCCUCAGGGUGUGGCAUUCCAGAACGAUACCACCCUGUUCGUAGCCGACAACGAAAACCACGCUAUCCGAAAGAUAGAUUUGAAGAGCCAACAGGUGACGACAGUUGUGGGCAACGGUCAGCAGGGAUGCGAUCGCAUCGGAGGAAAAGUCGGCCGGGAUCAGAUCAUAUCCUCGCCGUGGGAUGUGGCCGUGUACCGCACUAAGGAUUUGGACAUGUCGUUCCACGCGGAUGAAUCGAAAACCCCGCUGAAGGAUGUGGUUUUCGUGGCAAUGGCUGGCAUCCAUCAGAUCUGGGCUCUGUUCCUGGAGGACACCAUUUGGUGGAAGUUCAAGAAAUACUCGGCCGGUAGCUGUUUGGCCAUCGCUGGCAAUGGGCGGGAGGAGAACAGAAACAAUUCCUAUCCGAAUAAUGCGGCAUUUUCGCAGCCGUCCGGAUUGGCCAUCAACAAGGACGCCAAGGAAAUUUACCUUGCCGAUAGCGAAAGCUCAUCGGUGCGGAAAAUGUCUUUGGCCGAUGGGAAAGUACUGGCCGUUGCUGGCGGUGAUCGUAAUCCGUUGGAUCUAUUUUCCUUUGGUGACGUGGAUGGGAAGCAGUACUCGGCCAAGUUCCAGCACCCCCUCGGGGUGGCCUACAAUUCGAAGGACAACUGCAUUUACGUAGCCGAUACGUAUAAUCACAAAAUCAAGAAAAUAAACGCCAGCACCAACGUGGCAACGACCUGUUCCUUCCAGGAUGAGAACGGUUCCAGCAAGCAGUUCAACGAACCGGCCGGCCUAUGUCUGGAUCCCACGGGUCGUUUUCUCUACAUCGCCGAUACCAACAACCACCAGAUCAUGGUCGCCGAUCUGUCCGACAACAGCAUCCGUCCGCUGAAAGUCCGAUUCAACAACACGGAAGCCGACCAGCUGGACAAUCCCGGCGAGACGUACCUGUACGAGAACGCCUUCAAAAUCCUCCCCGACGGCGGCAAAGUUCUGUUGACUCUCGAGUUCGGCUAUUUGGAAUCGAACGUGAAACUAACGCAGGGAGCUCCGCAGAAGUGGUCCUUGACGCUUCCGUCGGACAAGUGGCGCUGCGAUACCAUGAACGGCUCCAUCAGCUCUCUCAACGACGGACUCAGUUUAACGUUGGUGGUCCCGAAGGGAAGUGAGCAGCAGAAACCCGUGCAGGGUACGGUCAACUUCAAGCUGAACCUCUGCGCAAACGACGUGUGCUUCCCGAAGGAGUUUGCAGUGGGCCUAAAUUUUGCCUAUGACGUCACUGGAGGGCCAGCGGUCAAGGGAAGUCUUAUGGUGCAGGUUGGGCGUAAUAAUGUAGUCGUUUCCAAAGAGUAAUGGCAGCUUAGAUAACUGCACACUGAUCUACGAACAAAGCACAAUCACUCUACUGGUUAGUGUAGGUACCGGACUACUAGGAAAAAUGCAUUUUUUUUGGUUUUUGCUUCUAUGUUGAUUCCUUAUCGAGCAAUGUCGUAACACAUCUUUUUACGCUAAUCAACGGUUUUAAUGGGACACCAUUUCUGAACCCUGUGAGGGCAGUAACAACCCAAGCGAGAUUAAAAUAUAACAUACCUUUUUAUACACUUAUGAAAAUAACAUUUUUGUUGAACGUAACUACCUAUACCGGAAUAUACAAUCUAUUGCAAGCAUUAAAA